GAUCCGCACGCCGCACCAGACUCUGGUAUACACCGCACGCCGGACUGAGUCCAAGUAACCCCUCUUCGCUCGUUCAUAGCAUCUUAUCACCAGCAAGCCACACCGCACUCGCUCGACGCGACUCGAACCACCCACCAUGUCUGAGGCCAAGCAGGAAGCGCAGCUGAAGCUCGCCGAGUCGACACAGCCGGUCCCCACGAGCGCCGCCGCCCAGCAGAGCGACAAUGUGGCCCACGCCCUCGCCGGCGCGGGCGGCGGGCUGCUGUCCAUGGCGCUGACAUACCCGCUCAUCACGCUCUCGACCCGCGCCCAGGUCGAGUCGAAGCGCGCCCAGUCGUCGACCCUCGGCGCCGCCCGCCGCAUCAUCAAGCGCGAGGGCGUCACGGGCCUGUACGCGGGCAUGGACUCUGCGCUGUUCGGCAUCACCGUGACCAACUUCGUCUACUACUACUGGUACGAGUGGACCCGCUCGUUCUUCGAGAAGGCCGCGCUCAAGGCCGGCCGCGCCUCGAUGAAGCUCACCACGGUCGAGUCGAUGAUGGCGGGCGCCCUUGCCGGCUCGGCCACGGUGCUGCUCACCAACCCUAUCUGGGUCAUCAACACGCGCAUGACCACCCGCAAGUCCGAGUCGGAUGAGCAGGUCCUGCCCGGCGCGUCGCCCGCCAAGGCGCCCUCGACGCUGGCCACGCUGCUGACGCUGAUCCGCGACGAGGGCUUCCUGCGCCUGUUCGCCGGUGUUGCGCCCGCGCUGGUGCUCGUCAUCAACCCGAUCCUGCAGUACACCGUGUUCGAGCAGAUGAAGAACUUCCUGGAGAAGAAAAGGAGGGUCACGCCCAAGGACGCCUUCUAUCUCGGCGCCCUGGGCAAGCUGCUCGCUACGAGCAUCACCUACCCGUACAUCACCGUCAAGAGCAGGAUGCACGUUGCCGGCCGGGAUGACAAGAGGGAGAGCAUGUUGACGACCUUCAAGAGGAUCAUCAGCGAGGAGGGCUACAGCGGUCUGUAUGGAGGCAUUGGACCCAAGGUCACCCAGAGCGUCAUCACCGCUGCGUUCUUAUUCGCCUUCAAGGACGUGCUGUAUGCCUACACCGUCCAGGCGCGCAAGAAGCUCGCCCGUCAGUAGACGCACAACCCGACAGCUUGAGGCACGUGAGAACCUGCCAGCAAGCAACGACCCCGAGAAUGUAGUGUAUGAUUGUACGAGCGUCGGCUUCGACCGCUGUUGUACAGUAAGGCAAGAUAGGAAAAGCUGGGAUUUGGUAUAUACCCUGAAUUUAUUUACGUUUUGCACUUUCGACGUCUACUUUGCCUUCUUUUGACAGUCUUCGGAUGGUUUCCCGAGAUGCCGUCCCGCCGACCCCACGCAGACAUCACCACAGCGGGGUACCUGCGUAUCUGACUGCAAGAAAGCAGUACGGACCAUGUCCUCCGCACAUCUCGCGAUGCUUGUAUAUAAAUGGAUCACUCGCCGUCAACCCAUUGAAGUCGAUUUCCCCAAACACUAACCACAAUGACGUCUGAGCCCUUCACCCUCCGCUGGGGCAUCCUAGGUAGUCUCUCACCACCCAGAUAUCAACCGAUCCCACUAACACUCCCCCAGCAACCGGCGGA